AUGGUUUGGGUGAUGUGAGUUAGGGUAUGGUUUGGGUGAUGUGGGUUAGGGUUAUGGUUUGGGUGAUGUGGGUUAUGGUAUGGUUUGGGUGAUGUGAGUUAGGGUUUUGGUUUGGGUGAUGUGAGUUAGGGUAUGGUUUGGGUGAUGUGGGUUAGGGUUAUGGUUUUGGUGAUGUGGGUUAUGGUAUGGUUUGGGUUAUGUGAGUUAGGGUUAUGGUUUGGGUGAUGUGGGUUAGGGUUAUGGUUUGGGUGAUGUGGGUUAGGGUAUGGUUUGGGUGAUGUGGGUUAGAGUUAGAGUGAUGUGAGUUAGAGUUAGUCAGUUAGGUGAUGUGGGUUAGGGUUAUGUUUGGGUGAUGUGGGUUAGAGUUAUGGUUUGGGUGAUGUGGGUUAUGGUUAUGUUUGGGUGAUGUGGGUUAUGGUAUGGUUUUGGUGAUGUGGGUUAGGGUUAUGGUUUUGGUGAUGUGGGUUAGGGUAUGGUUUGGGUGAUGUGGGUUAGGGUUAUGGUUUGGGUGAUGUGGGUUAGGGUUGUGGUUUGGGUGAUGUGAGUUAGAGUUAGUCAGUUAGGUGAUGUGGGUUAGGGUUAUGGUUUGGGUGAUGUGGGUUAGGGUAUGGUUUGGGUGAUGUGGGUUAGAGUUAGAGUGAUGUGAGUUAGAGUUAGUCAGUUAGGUGAUGUGGGCUCCCCAGCAACUGUUGAAGUGUCUUCUUGAUAAAUAAUAACAUGACAGAUUGGAACCUUUUCACUGGUAUCUUCUGGGGAGGGAUGCAGAAUCAACAUGCUUAAAAAGUGUUUAAACAUGCUUUAAAAGUGUUACUUUUGACUUUAUUAAGACUCUCUUUACGUAAUUGAGCCAUUUAAGCUUUAAUACCACACUCUGGCUCGAUUUGACACAGUGAGUGACACGUGCCGUUUAAACUUUCCAGUGAGUGUGUCAUCGACAGUGUAUUUGUGGAUUGAAUCAGGCCACAGACUGGAAACCCGGACCUCUGAUGGCUCUGACCCACCCUAGGCCUAAGAAGUAUGAAAAGGAGCCGCCGGCAGAUGUUAUAUUUCCAGGGCAGCAGUGAGGUACCGAGCAUGGCGUCCUGGUUUGGCUGGGGCGAGCCGUGCCCGCGGUGGCCGCAGAGGAGCCCAGCCGACGUGGUGAUGGACACGCUGAUGCUGGAGCUCGGUUGGCAGAUGAAGGAGGCAGAGCGGCAACAGCGGGAACGGAACAGCGAGUACCAACGACUGCGCACCGGCGUGGACUACAGCUGGCUGGCGAGCGCCCCACGGAGCAGCUACGAGCUGCGGGCUGGUGAGCGGCUGGGCCUGGAGGACCUCUGCUCCAAGGUGCACCCCUCACACUGCGGCAGGGUCAUAGUCAGGUUCCGGCAGGUGAUGCUAGAGAACGAGCCGGAUGUACAGGAGGUUUCUGGCCUGUUCCGCACCAUCCUGCUGGAGGCGUUGGACUGGAUGCGGGACGAGGAGGAGGCUAAGAGGCCGUCCCGUCAGUGGAACAACAAGCGUGCCGCGAGCAUGUCCCUUAUUGGCUUCAGGUCCCGCGUCCGCAUCGACCCAUUCGGCAGCAGUCAGGUGAAGACAAUCUCGGAGGAUGUGGAAAGGGGGCUGGUGAGGGGCUCAGAGGGGGCCGAGGAGGCCAGGCGGGGCUGGAGCAUGCCCGACUUCAAGCACAACAAGGGCAUGUGACUGUCCCGGGGAAUGCUGGGAUAGGUCAUCUGACGGGGAGACACACGGGUAGCAAGUCACCAAGAAACAAAGACGUGAACAACUUUCACAAGCGGCUGAAAAGAUCAACCUCUGCCUGUGUAGUUCUCUUGAAUGAGGUUCAUUUCCAGGAACAUUUACGGCAGAUUAUAACGACGGAUUGAUCAUAAUCUGUCGCAUCUCUGAAGGACAGCAGGCUAUAUGUUUGUACGGAUGUUACACAAACAGCUUAUGAAAAUUAGUUUACAGACACCUACAUUAAAGCCAGACUUUGCAUUUUGGAAUAAA